CCCCCACACACUCAACGCCCUGCCCCUCAAUCCCCCCGGCCUCAUAAUAAUCCAAUCCGACCCAACGAAAUCAAUGGAGUCCAUCCAACGAAUCUUAUUCAUUGCGCCUAAGGUUCACAUCUACGCUGUUCCGCCCUUAUCCAGCAACAGCGGGUACAAGGCCGUGGACUGGAAGGUUGACCAAGAAAAGUCGAGGAUAUUCACCGCUCGGAUUAGGAUUGUGGAGACAGCUACCGAGGAUGCAGAUGGGAAAGAGGAAAAAGUGUGCACGGAUGUUAGACUUGAGGAUCCCAAGACUGGGGAUCUGUUUGCCAAUUGUCCCUACGAAGGGGCCCACUGUGUAGAACAAGUUAUCGACAGCUCGAGAUUUUUCGCUUUGAGAGUUGUCGACGGGCCGCGUAAAGCUAUGCUUGGCAUUGGAUUUGAAGAACGCAGUGAGGCUUUCGACUUUGGUGUUUCUUUGCAGGAGGUCCGCAGGCACAACGAUAGUAUCACCGCCAACGAGAAGGCAAAGAAGGCUGGGGCGUCGUCGGAAUUGUCCAGUGUUGAGGCAAAGGACUAUUCCUUAAAAGAAGGAGAGACUAUCAACAUAACCAUCGGAAAUAAGGGUCGCCGCAGAGCCCCUUCCUCCCCGUCUCGUAACGCUGCUGCUACUGCAGGCUUCCCUCUACCUUUCCUCCCACCACCACCCAGCGCGGAAGACGUCAAGCGUAGACAGAGUCAUCACGGUGCCGAGGAUUUCGGAAAACUUGGGUUCGACGAUGAUGCUUUCGGGGAUUUUGUCUAAUUGACUUGAGAUGUUUUCCUUUCUAUUUCUCUAUUGUAUGCCUUUUUUCUCUUCUUUUUCUUUGUUCACUUUGUCUGGGAAUGGGUAUGGGUAUAUGUUUUGGGGUCCCUCGGGCGUUUGAACUGUAGUUAAUUUAUUCUCUCCCCUUUAAGCGAAUUGUAACCGCUUUAGCAUGAUCAUGAGAUCUCACUCGUGAAAUUAAGGGGGUUUUUGGUUGAAGCAUGAUUAA